AUGAAGUAUAACAAUAACAAUAAUAGUUCACCAUGGGAAUCACCCUGUUUGGAAUCCAACGAGGAUGAGUAUGCUUGCCAGGUACUCACAUUGUUCAAGGACAAGGACACUAGCAGUCCUCCACAAAUCGUUCCAAAGAAACAAUAUCAUCAACACCAGCACCCAUCACCUCCAACACCAACCUCAACAAAGAUUCCAACGAUCGAAUUGAUAAUGGCAUGUGGAGAACAGGCAUUCAGACGCUCGACCAACUCAAUGUCCAGUGUGCCAAACUCCUCCUCGUCGUCGUCAUCGUCGCCAACCAAGUUGAACCAGUCAUUCCCUUACGUCCCCACCCACCCCUUCCAAAGCCCAGACAAGUUCAGCGUGCACUCCCUGCUGGAAGACGAAGACGAGGAUGAUCCAUUCUCAUCCCCACACCAUGCCAUGCUCGCCACCGCCUCGCACCAAUCGCACGGCCACUCACACUCAUUGAACAACUCGCUGUCAUGUGUGCCCCGUGGACAAUCUAUUGAUGAGGAGGAUGAUGAGGUCAACAUUAUUCUGUCAUCGGCAUCAUCGACAUACUCGCGCUCAUCAUCGCCUGCCGCAAAGUCCUCUUCGAUGGACUACAACUCACACCCACGCAGCCCUCUGGCCGCGGUGGCCGGAACACCAGGCCAUCCAAACAUGUCACCCCCUGCCAAGAAGCAAAAGACCGCGUCGCCACACCGCCACCAGCCACCCGUGGUCAACCAACCAUGUAUAUUCAACAACAACUGCAUACUGUGUAAGAAGGGCAAGCCCGCCAUCUUGGAGCGCAACCCGACCUGGGCGGCCAUCAUGAAGGUUGUCUUCUACACCCUGUCCGAUGCCAUUCCCGAGAAGGCCUUCUUCUCGCUCAAGUCCGAUGUAUAUAGUUUCAUGACCUCCCAUUGGGACCAGCUAGGUCUGGACAAGAAGAAGUCAAACAACUGGCACAAACAGAUUCAAGAUAUGUUAUCACAUAGUAAGAAUGUAUUUGAGUCUGGAUCAGAUGUACUUGGCCAGAAUGGAUUCUGGCGUCUAAAGUAUAAUGUUGAUCCAUUCACCGAGUCGGCCAAGAUGUCAGACAUCCCGACCAUGGACGAAUCAUGUCCAAAUGUAAAUAAUGUACCCAAUGGAUUGUCCUCAUCAUCAUCGACAUUGCCCUCCUCCUGUAAAUCAAGUCUCUCUCCAGAGAAGUCAUCAUCCUCAUCAUCAUCAAUGUCAUCAUCAAUGUCAUCGAUCAAUCUUCACCAUCCAUACCGCAAACAACCCAAGCAACAACAGCAACAUAUGGGUCACCACAACACAUCGAUCAAGUCAUCACCACUGCCAUCUGUAGGCACUGCCAACAUAGAUUUACCAUGGGGUCUAACCAUGUCAGACAUUGACCUCCACCACUUCGCUCAGACAUCCUCUUCCUCCCAUCACAACAACAACAUGCUACCGAAAUUCAAAGACAUUGUAUCCAUCCUGAACGAAUAG